AUGGUUGCAAAGCUGGUAGCAAUCCUCAUUGUCGGAGUCCUCGCCGGAGCCCUCCCGUGGCCGGUGCUGGCUCAGAACUACAGCUGCAACGCUGGCCUGUGUUGCAGCCAAUUUGGGUUCUGCGGCACCGGGGUUAGAUACUGUGGCGACGGCUGCCAAGCCGGUCCUUGCUAUUCACCGCCUAGUGGUGGAGGUGAUGGGGGUUGUAUUUCGGUCGCAGAUGUUGUGACGGAGGAUUUCUUCGAUGGGAUUAUUAACCAGGUUGAUGCGAGCUGCGCCGGGAAGAACUUCUACACGCGCCGCGCCUUCCUUGAUGCUCUCAACUCCUACCCUGAGUUUGGCCAGGGUGGUUAUGCUAACGACUCUAAGCGUGAGAUCGCUGCUUUCUUUGCUCAUGCCACCCACGAGACUGGAUGCUUUUGUUACAUCGAGGAAAUUGAUGGUCCCUCUAAGAACUACUGUGUUGAGGAUACACGAUAUCCUUGUGUGCCUGGGAAGGGUUAUUAUGGUCGUGGUCCCCUUCAGAUAACGUGGAACUUUAAUUAUGGACCAGCGGGAGAGAGCAUAGGGUUCAAUGGCUCAAACAAUCCUGAAAUUGUGGCUAAUGAUCCAGUUAUUUCAUUCAAAACAGCCUUUUGGUUUUGGAUGAAAAAUGUGCACGAUAUCGUAAACAGAGGGUUUAGUGCAACGAUCCAUGCCAUCAAUGGCGCAGAGUGCAAUGGAGGAAACAGAGAUGCUGUCAACGCACGUGUCGAGUAUUACGAGGACUACUGCAAUCAACUUGGUGUUUUCCCUGGUGACAAUCUCCCUUGCUAG